AUGCUACUACUUCUCACUGACCACCUCCUUUACGACUUCAAGAUGCAUAUUAUAUAUGAGUCGGUAUCAAUCACACUCGGCUACUCAGACAACAAGCCCAGCCUUGCCAUCCUCUGUCCCAGCCACACCAGCUCUCAUCCAGCCUACAUCAGGAACAAAGAGUGGACCUGCUCCCUCGACCGUAAUGAGUUUGACUCAGUGGCAAGUUUGAAAGACGAAAUCCCAGAAUGGCUAGAAGGGACAGAGUACAAGGAAGAUGCAUUUUUUCCCCCAGAUUUUAAUACUAAAACGUCGGUGUACACAAGACCUGAGGAACGGACAGAUACAAUUAUGGCCGAUGAUAUGUACUUCACAAAAAUAAAUAGACCACGAGAAAAGAGUAUAGGAGAGAUCAUACUGGUGCUCAAUUUGGUAGUUGAGAUGACCACAGAGCCAGGUCUUGAAAAGAGACGGCUUCACAUUACAGGUUCCCCUCAACUGCAGUGUCACCCAGUCCAGAUGCUUCUCUGCCUCCACGUCCAUGGGUAUGUGGUUGAUCUGACUGACCCACACGUACCACUGGCUCUCCACAAACCUCAUGAAGUAGUACCAACAGACAAGUCCACCAAAGCUACCAAGAAGUGGAUAGUACAUCAGGUAGAACCGCAACACGAAGCUGAACAGCCACAGAAGAUGCUAGUUCAAUAA